AUGAAGUUUACAGAGGCUCAAACGGACAAAAUCGACGUGUUAUUCGCGAAGUUUGACGAGUAUUGUGAACCCAGAAGAAACACGAUUAUGGAAAGAUACAAGUUUAAUACGCGAGUGCAAAGAGACGACGAAACAGCCGAUCAGUACGUAACUGAACUUAAAUUGCUCGCUAAGAAUUGCAACUUCGGGUCUCUUGAGGACGAGUUGAUUAGGGACCGCGUUGUUUACGGAAUAAAAUCGGAGCGUGUGAGAGAACGGUUAUUGCGAGAACGAGAGUUAACGUUAGAUAAAGCGUUAGAAGUAUGUCAAAUAAACGAACAGUCUGAGGAACAACUAAAAGUACUAAACGAUGUUCAGAGCGUCAAGGCCAUAGGAAAACAUAACAAAUCAGGAAAUUAUCGUAGCAAAUUAGAUGCAAAUCGAAGGCGUGAUUUCAAGCAUAACGGCGGCAACAAACAAGAACAAGUAUCGUGUUGCGGAAAGUGCGGAAAGUCUCAUCCUGGGAAAGAAUGCCCAGCUUUUGGUAAGAAAUGUUUUAAGUGUGACAAAAACAAUCAUUUCGCUAAAUUCUGCAAGUCAAAGAAAAUACAUGCAGUAGACAAAGCGAGUACAGAUGACGAACCGUUGUUUAUUGGAGCGGUUAGUUCAAUUCAUAACGAAGAGAAUGUUUUCAAAACUUUAUCAAUCGAGGGAAAUGAGAUCAAGUUCAAGAUUGACACGGGAUCACAAGCCAAUAUAAUACCCCUACCUACAUUCGAGAAGAUGAAGCUCAAACAAACCCGGUUAGAAAGACCAACAACAAAGUUAACAAGUUACACUGGCGAUUAUCUACCGGUCGUCGGAGAAUGA